CAUAUAUAACCGUUAUUUCCCUUUGAAGAAGAGAUAUACUGAAGUUUUAAUUUUCAACCGUUGGAGUGUCUUAGUGUUGGGAAGUUUUAGAAAAUUGAAUUAUUGGGUAUUGACUCAGUUUUCUAUAUUCUAUGGGAAUUGCUGGGCUAAAGGACACAGUUUUUUAAUUGUGAUAAUGUGGAUCAGAUGUUGUUACAGCUGAGGGGUCUCUUUCGGAUUUGCAAAAGGGUAGCUUUCAGAGAGGUGGUAGAUGGAUUUGGCAAUUUUGUAUUUGCUGUCAUAUGUGUCCUUUCUGCAGUCUAUUCUUUAUGAUUCACUGCAUUAUGUCUGAUGGGUUGCAACAUCUAUUUUUCAUAGUCUGUGUUUAAACUCUUAAAGAAGAGAGUGGUGAGUGUGGGUUUUGAUCGUUUCGAUCACCUGGAGCUGGGUUGGUUUAGGCUUUUGAAAUUUUUUGAUUGUCAGUAAGGUCCAGGCCGUCCAGCACGAGUUUGUGUUUUGCUGUUUUGGCUGUGAUCCUGUACUGUUCUAUCUCAGGUUACAGUAAAUGAAAAACCAAGUGGGAGUUGGCCUUGCUUAUUUCAUAAGUUUGAUUUUGAUUCAGCAUGGUCUCUGCGAUGAGGUUCCCAGUAUAUCUGGUGUAACAGAUUGGACAUGUCGAUGUUCUGUUUUAUUUCAAGGAAACCAGAGCUACACUCUAGAAUACUGUUCAGCGUCCUGUAAUUGCAGUCAGGAUUAUGGAAGUGAUAGCAAAUGGACAUGUGUAUGUGAUGCCAAUGGCCUUCCUAAAGUGGCUGCUGAUGGUCACGAUACUAAUUGCUUUACAGCCUGCAACUGCACUUCUGGAUCUCUUGAUGCGGCUCAAUCUUCGAAAAAGCAGUCUUCAAGCAAAGUUGUUGUAUUUGUUCUUUUACUAUGUGUUGUACUUACAACGUUCGCUUUUCUUGCUUCGAUGGCAUGCUACUUCUAUCGAAGGGACAAGUGCAGUGUUCACCCACCAAUAUUUUCAUCAGAUAAGGAAAUGAGUUGCAACAGUGGUACUGACCUAAUAAGCCAUAGGAGUUCCUCAAUGCUUGAGACCAAACUUUAUAUAAACUCCCCCAUCAAUCAAGGGAUAGGGUGCUUUACCUCUUGCUUAUUUGGAAGCAAUACAGGACCUUCACCUGGAGCACUUAUUCAGUUUUCAUACUUGGAGCUGGAAAAUGCAACUAAUAAGUUUUCAGAUUCCAAUCUAAUAGGACUUGGAGGAAGCAGUUAUGUUUAUUGUGGUCAACUGAAAGAUGGGAGUAUUCUGGCGGUUAAGCGCCUCAAGACUCAGAAAGGGCCCGAUAUGGAUUCUCUCUUUUUAACUGAGAUUGAACUGUUAUCCAGACUUCAUCAUUGUCAUGUGGUACCUUUACUCGGCUACUGCUUCGAAACCCAUGGCAAAAAUACUGAGAGGCUCUUGGUAUUUGAGUAUAUGAAUAAAGGUAAUCUGAGAGAUUGUCUGGAUGGGUCUGAAGGAAAAAACAUGGAUUGGAGUACUCGGGUAGCAAUUGCCAUUGGAGCCGCUAGGGGUUUGGAAUAUCUCCAUGAUGCAGCUGCCCCAAGAAUACUGCAUAGAGAUGUCAAAUCCACAAACAUUCUUCUGGAUGGAAGUUGGCAAGCAAAGAUAACUGAUCUUGGUAUGGCAAAACGCUUAAAAGCUGAUGGUCUCCCAAGUGCAUCUAGUUCUCCAGCAAGAAUGCAAGGUACUUUUGGUUAUUUUGCACCGGAGUAUGCAAUUGUUGGAAGAGCAUCUCUCAAGUCAGACGUUUUCAGUUUUGGGGUAGUUCUUCUUGAGCUUAUCACUGGCCGGAAGCCUAUUCACAGAUCAACAAACAAAUUAGAAGAAAGUCUUGUCAUAUGGGCUACGCCUCGUUUACAGGAUAGUAAGCGAGUAAUCGCAGAGUUGCCUGAUCCUGAUUUGAACGGAAACUUCCCAGAAGAAGAUAUGCACAUAAUGGCUUACUUAGCUAAGGAAUGCCUACUCUUGGACCCAGAUUCCAGACCAACUAUGAGUGAGGUUGUCCAAAUCCUUUCGACUACUGCACCAGAGAGAUCUAAAAGGAGGGGCAUGCCUUUAAAUUUGUUUCAGCAUAUGGGUCUUAAAGAAGCUGAGGACCUAAGGCGAGACAAAUCCGGAAAAUGUUCGCAUCGGUGUUCACUGCCACUCGAUAUUGACCGCAACCUUGGCGUCGAAAAAAGUGAUGAUACUGCUUCAGACAACUUUAUGGAAAGAUUGAUCCUCUUGACCUCAAAUGCUAGGAGUCGGCGUGCAUCUGAUGAUGAAACAGUGGAUUUGACUGAGCCUAGGUUUGAGUCAUUUUCCAUAGCAAAUGCUAAACCCUUAUGACACGAAGAAAAAUGGAAGCAACAGACCUAGAUGCUUGUCAAAGAAAUCACGAAAAAUAAAUAUGUUUCCAAAGACUUGUUCCACUGUAGCAUUGGUUCUUUGGAAAAGAAAAGGAAAGCAAAUCAUAGGCUUUUCUUUCACUUCAUUAUAGUCCUUGUGUUUGAUAUUCUUUAGAUAUUAUGCUGAUGAGUUGAGCAUAUACUUUUCUUGUACAGAAGUCAUGGAAAAGCUCUUAUACUUUAGGAGAUGAAGAAGCAAUGGUUGUAACUCGGUCCUGUGUGACAAGAAAAAAAAAACAGAAAUUAUAGCAUUGAAGGAUAUGAGUUUUGUGUUUCUUUGUAAUCAAGGAGUUGUGUGGUACUUGGUAUCAGAAAAAUUUGUUCAUAUAUAUGAGUUGAGGUCGCAAAUGUAUCUCAUGAAA